AAGUAUGUUGGCAUUUCCGAUCACACCUUAAUCAAACACACCAACCCACAAACCACAAGCCUCUUUAGUUUACAUAGUAAAAUCUUGUCACAAUAUGGCCCUAAACUCGCCCUUAGGUUACUCAAAAAGGGCAUACGUGACAUUUUUAGCAGGGAAUACUGAUUAUGUGAAAGGUGUGAUUGCAUUGGCUAAGUGUUUGAAGAAGGUGAAGAGUGCUUACCCUCUUGUGGUGGUAAUCUUGCCGGACGUGCCGGAGGACCACCGUAAGAUCUUGAGGUGUCAAGGUUGCGUGGUGAGAGAGAUGGAGGCAGUGUAUCCACCGGAGAGCGAGAUUGAGUUUGAAAGCCCAUACUAUGAGCUCUGGUACUCCAAGCUUGGUAUAUGGAAGUUAGAAGAGUACAAGAAGAUGAUCUAUCUGGAUGCAGACAUCCUAGUCAUGGACAACAUCGACCAUCUCUUUGAAUUGCCCGAUGGUUACUUCUAUGCUGUCUCGGACUGCUUUUGUGACAAGUCAUGGAGCCAAUCACCCCAGUACUCGAUUGGGUACUGCCAGCAAUGCCCAGAUAAGGUGACAUGGCCACCUGAGAUGGGUUCACCUCCACCUUUGUACUUCAAUGCCGGAAUGUUUAUGUUCGAGCCUUCUCGUGUAACUUAUCAGAACUUACUUAAGGCUCUUCACAUCACUCCUCCUGGACCCUUUGGAGACCAGGAUUUAUUGAACAAGUUCUUCAGAAACAAGUUCAAACCUAUUCCCGUGAUCUACAACUUGGUUCUUCCAAUUUUAUGGCAUCAUCCGGAGAAAGUUGAGCUUGAAAAAGUUAAAGUGGUGCACUACUGUGCAACUGGGUCAAAACCAUGGAACUACACUCCGAAAGAAGAUAACAUGCACAGAGAAGACGUCAAAAUGUUGAUUGCAAAAUGGUGGAAUGUUUAUAAUGAUGAGUUGCUUAAUUAAUUUCAAGGACAAAGAUUAUGUUCCAACUAUUUACUAUAGAUCUACAUUUAUCUGUUCUAUAAGUCAUGCAUGCCUACUAAACAAUAUGAAGAAACCUUCCACGGUGGCAAUGAAAAUAAAAUGGUGGACAGAUUGUUGUAGUUGUAAGUCUCUGUAUUUUAAAACAGUUAAGUUAUGUUUGGGUCAUGAGUUUUUUAAAAGAAUUGUGUACGGAAACCCAAAAAAAAAUUGAUAAGAAUUUGAGGUGAAGAAAAUGUUUCUUUUCCCCCUCAUUUUCUUUUACCUUAAAUGUGUAAGAUUCAAAAAUAGUAUAAAUGUUCCAGGCUUUCUUUAUAUUUUGUUGAUU